AGUAAAAUUGCGGAAGUGAAAGAGUAGACCGAGCAGAGUGGAGGUGUAACCCCUGCGUGUGAGGCAUGUGGUGAAGAUAUGCAGUAACUUUACAUACACGGCGAGCAUGGCUCUACAGAGGAAUGUUAGAAGUUAGUCGUAAUGGCGGAUUAACGCGCAGAUAACGCGCAGCUUUGACCCGAUCGUGUGUGUGUUUUUGAAUAGAGAGCAGUGCCUUGUGUGACAUUGACAUUGGACUUGUUUGUAUCUGCUUCGUGCUAACUCACACAGGGUUGAUCGCUGAGUUGAUUUUCUCAGCUGGUAAUGAGCAGAUGGUGUUUUGUAAAGAUUUCUAAGUUGUUGUGUGUCAUUGUGGUUAUGACUGACCGGGAGCACACUGAUGUAACUCUGCUAACUGGGUGAACGGUCACUGCUGUCUCACUGCUCUAGCAUCGGCUAUUUUUAAUGCUACAGGACACAUUUCUUAUCCCAAGAUUGUUGUAAUACUCCAAGAUUCAGGAUCUGAACCCUGACCAUCUCUUUGUGUGUGCAGUGAUCUAAAGUUGCCCACAGUGUGUGCGCUCAAGGUGACUUUCUGUGGCAGACGUGCGUGCUGUUCAGCAUAUGUCAGCCUCACGUGGCAAUGUCUCUGGUUUUUUCGCGGCCCAACAACAGUGCAGUCGGCAAAAAGGACAAGCGACUCAUGGCUGAGGUGAACGCCUCCCCGCUCAAGCACUUCGUCACUGCCAAGAAGAAAAUCAACGGCAUCUUUGAGCAGCUUGGCGCCUACAUCAAAGAGAGCUCAAGCUUUGUGGAAGAGACCUACAGCAAUGAAGAACUGGAUCCCGUCACUACAGAGGAGCAGGUGGCUGAGGUGCGGGGUUACCUGUCCAAGGUGGCAGGGAUUGGUGAGGUGCUGUCCCGGAGACACAUGAAAGUGGUGUUUUUUGGCAGGACAAGCAAUGGUAAAAGCUCUGUGAUCAACGCCAUGCUAUGGGACAAAGUUUUACCAUCGGGCAUUGGUCACACCACCAACUGCUUCCUGAGGGUAGAAGGGACUGAUGGCAAUGAUGCAUUCCUGCUUACAGAAGGAUCAGAGGAAAAGAAGAGUGUUAAAACGGUGAACCAGCUGGCCCAUGCCCUGCAUCAGGACCAGGAGCUGGAUGCGGGCAGUUUGGUGUGUGUCAUGUGGCCUAAAGCUAAGUGCGCUUUACUGCGGGAUGACCUGGUACUGGUGGACAGCCCUGGCAUCGAUGUCACCACAGAGCUGGACAGCUGGAUUGACAAGUUUUGCCUGGAUGCUGAUGUUUUUGUGCUAGUGGCCAAUUCAGAGUCCACACUGAUGCAAACAGAGAAAUCAUUUUUUCACAAGGUGAAUGAGCGACUCUCAAGCCCUAACAUAUUCAUCCUGAACAACCGCUGGGACGCCUCAGCCAGCGAGCCUGAGUACAUGGAGGAGGUCCGCCGCCAGCACAUGGACCGCUGCACCAGUUUCCUGGUAGAUGAACUCGGGGUGGUGGACCGAGCGCAGGCCAGCGACCGAAUCUUCUUUGUGUCUGCCAAAGAGGUGCUGCAGGCGCGUGUGCAGAAGGCCCAGGGCAUGCCUGAAGCAGGGGGUGCACUGGCUGAAGGCUUUCAAGCUAGAAUGUUCGAGUUUCAGAACUUUGAGCGGCGUUUUGAAGAGUGUAUCUCCCAGUCAGCGGUGAAGACAAAGUUUGAGCAGCACACCGUGAGGGCCAAGCAGAUCUCAGAAGCCCUACGAUUCAUCAUGGACUCGGUGCAUGUGGCAGCCCAAGAGCAGAGGAUCCACUGCAUGGAAACGAAAGAAGAGCGGGAGGAUCGGCUGGAGUUCAUCGAUAAGCAGUUGGAUCUGCUCACCCAGGACUGCAAGAGCAAGAUCAAGAAGAUCACAGAGGAGGUUGAAAAACAGGUAUCAAAUGCAAUGGCUGAAGAGAUAAGGAGACUGCACGUGCUGGUAGACGAAUUUCACCUGGACUUUCAUCCCUCUCAAGUGGUUCUGAAAGUCUACAAGAACGAGCUUCACAAACAUAUAGAAGAGGGUCUGGGUAGGAAUAUGUCUGAGAGGUGUUCCAAGACCAUCAGUGCAGCCCUGCAAACCACACAAACUGAAAUGAUAGAUGGCCUGAAGCCCUUGCUGCCCAUCUCAGUGAAGGAGCAAGUGGAUAAGAUGGUGCCCAGACAGUGCUUCAAUCUCUGCUAUGACCUCAACUGUGACAAGCUGUGCAGCGACUUCCAGGAGGACAUUGGCUUCCACUUCUCCUUGGGCUGGACCAUGCUGGUCAAUCGCUUCCUCGGCCCUAAGAACACCCGCCGUGCCCUCAUGGGCUACAACGACCAGGUUCCCAGGCCUUUGGCAAUCACUCCUGUCAGUACUGCCAUGCCCCCCUUCCCACAGGGCUCCAUGACCCAAGAAGAGCUCAUGGUCUCUAUGGUGACGGGACUUGCUUCUCUCACGUCCCGGACGUCCAUGGGCAUCAUAGUUGUGGGAGGAGUGAUCUGGAAGGCUGUAGGUUGGAGGCUCAUUGCUCUGUCGGUGGGACUCUAUGGCCUUCUUUACGUGUACGAGAGGCUCACAUGGACCACUAAGGCGAAAGAACGAGCCUUCAAGAGGCAGUUUGUGGACUACGCCAGUGAGAAGCUGCAGCUCAUCGUCAGCUACACUGGCUCCAACUGCAGCCACCAAGUCCAGCAGGAGCUGGCAGGCACCUUUAACCAGCUGUGCCAACAGGUCGAUGUGACACGUCAGCAGCUGGAAGAAGACAUUCAGGACAUGAACCGCAAGAUCGAACAGCUGGACACUCUACAGAGCAAAGCCAAGCUGCUCAGGAACAAAGCUGGCUGGUUGGACAGCGAGCUGAACAUGUUCACCCAACAGUACCUUCAUCAGAGCCGAUAAAGGAAUACAUGUUUAAUUAUUUAACAACAUGACCAAGACCAACACUAUUCACUUCUGCUACUACCUAAAGAGUGCUGCAAAGCACACCCAAAUUACUCCCUCUUUCAGUAAUUUAUUCUGCAUAUUCAAACGAUGAGAUCUUUUAGCCAUGCUUUUAUAGAAGAGAAGAGGUGGAUUUAAAAUACCAAAUCAAUCUGAAGUCUGAAAGGACUCUGUUGUUUUCUUUUGGCAUUUGAUGUACACUUGCCUUUGAGGAUUCUGAGGUAGUGAACUGGCACCUUAAAGAAAGGCAACAUUUUUUUAGGUCCUUUGUUUUCUCUUGGCAAAUAGGUUGUUUGUGUGAAUGAAUUAUUUAUUAUUUGCAUUGUGAAGUUGUUGACCUUGUCAUCUUGUCUAGGCUGUGGCCAGUGGGAUUACAAGCGAUAUGGCCUGUACGCUAAAAUGCCAAGGAGAAAGAGAAAAGGAGAAUGCAAAUGCAUCCUUAUUUCUGUGUGAGCUCAUGUAAUGAAAUGAAUAUGGGAAGUAAUGUUUCACAGUCACAACCCAGCUAUGUCUAAUGAGUUCAGAAGGGUAGAUGUAUGUUGGGUGACUUUAAGAAAUAUAACCAAAUAAUUAGUGUCUGUGAGGAUGUGCAAAAAUGAUGUCAGUUUGUAUGUGUUGGUUUAAUUAAAAGUGUGGCAGUCUGGGAAAACUCUUCACAUGGUGAAAUUUUGAACUGAAAUAUGUUUCUCUUAUGCCUGGAUCUCAACCAGACAUAAAGUUAUAGCAUUAUAAUAUCCUCCAAAAAGUGAAGAGAGAAAAUAUAAGUAUUUAUAUACUUCAUUCUGACUGCAUGAUGGACAUUUUGACAGCCAGUAUCUGAUUACAAACCAAAUACAACUUGAUCAAAGCGUGAUGUUCACUAUUUGUGGAAGUUAAACUAAGCUUACAAGGUUUUAAAAAGACUGACUCCUUACCCAUUGUGAUCUUUGUAGGAAAAUAGCUUAGGCAAGACCAAGUCAUUUUGGAGAAAUACAUUUGUGGAUUCUUAAAACUUUGUUUUAUGUUAUAGGCAAGGAAAACACAAUUUUAGCUUAAAUCUAAUUUUUCCCAAACCAACACACAAAUUGAGUUUUGCAUGGACAGCAGGAUUUCCUGUGUAUGAUGCGGACCUUUUAUAUCUGUAUAAGUAAGCCAUUAUAUUACAGUAGUUUUCUUUGGUACAGGUUUGGCAUCUUUACUGUUGUGAAAAGUAGGUCAGGGUUUGUGAAGUGGGACCGUAGAUGCAGAAUGAUUCCAGCAUGUAGUCUUGACAUUGUGGAUUGUGCAGGAGGCAUGGUUUUGUUGCAGCGACCACACUACAAAGACUGCAACUGCAUUAAAAUGCAGCACUGUGUAUAUUUGCAAUGCUCACUGGCAGCGUGUAUAGUAGUGGCACUAUUUAUUUAAUCCAAGCUAAAUCAGUUCUUUGGGUUUGUGUUAAAAGAAAAAUAGAGACAUGAAAUAAAGAAUGCAGGAUGAAAUAUUCUAGCAUGUGAUGACUGCUAGUGUAACAUGAAAUUCCCUUGAGGGGAAGAAGUGCAGUUUAGGUUUACGGACUACUUAUUUAAUAUUAUUUGAAUUAAUGAAAUGCGUCUAGGAUUUGUGACAUGUCUCUGCGCCAUAUUGUCUUACACUGAGAUUGAUAUCAACACAUUACUACAUAUAAAAGGCAUAUAUAAAGACUCCUACAUGUAGUGAGUGUGUGUGUGUGUGUGUGUGUGUCUGUGUAUAAAUCCUCACUGGUCCAUCGCUGUUUCCAUGUCGUGUGUAAUAGCCGUUCAGUUUGGAUUAUAGUUUGUGCCAAGUGUUUAAGAAAGAGUUCUGAAAAAUUCUUCACUGAUUGUGCACUUUACUUUUGCUGCUUUUUUUUAUUUAAAAAAAAAAUUUUCGCCAUGUGUUCAGCAAGUGAAAAGAAAUGAAGUACAUUUGAUCUAUAGAUUCCAUGUCAGUGGUAAUGUACAGCUGUGCAUGCUUUGACUAUUGUAAUAUAAUGUCUUAUAUUCCGCACAUGUUAAAAGAAAUAAAAUUGAUACCAUCAGA